UAACAAAGAGACAGUGACGAUAACAAAAUUGUGCAUCGAAACAACGUGCAGCUUCGAAUAUUAAAUACUGAAGCUUAACCCUCUUUUUUUCUCUUUUUUUAUCAAAUACGCACAUUCAUCGGUGGAACCGAAUGAUAAGAAUCCCACUCCGUGUGUAGUGAAGAAAACCGCAUCGUACUGGGCACCCAACUGCAACUCAUUCAAACUAUCCUGCCAAGCAAAUCAAACCCUCAAACUUUAUCGUAAUGGAAACAAAUAUCACAAUGCCGCACACUGAUGAGCGUCCACCCACACCGCACCCUGAUACGGAAUGGGUUGCGCAUCCGACCGCACCACUAAGAAACACAUGCCAAUUCUUUCGGCUAGGCUUCUGUCGUUUCGGAACCGAGUGUAGCUUGGUCCAUGGGAUCACCUCUAGUACAGACCGACGAAACACAACAGAUAUCGUGCCAACGGUCAUAACAAAAGACGUAGCUCAACAGGAGCACGAUCAGCCACAACCAUCACAGACGCAAUCGUUUUCAUCGUCAUCACCGACUAGGAAUCGCAAAGCAACCAGAAUAGAGGAAACAAAUCAAAGCACCAAGUCGCAACCUACUACAGGAGAGAGCACUGCACAACAAAAGUCACAGUUUGAUCCAUCGAAGUGGAUCAACGCGCCUGUCUUCGUUCCGCGCUCUCGUCUGCUUGAUCAGACAGCUGCCGCAUGUAGCCAUGACCAUCAGAUACAACAACAACAAGCAGUCAGUGAGCCAGUAAACGAAUCAAAGGACUGCAGUGCCAGCACAAGCGCCAUCAACUGCUUAUCAUAUGCCAGCAUCGUAAAAUCAAACGACAACCACAACGGGUCUGAACUUGUCGUGACAGCGGAUACUGAGAUAUGCAACUACUACGAGCGCCACGGGGUGUGCACACUCAAGGAUUGUCGCCUGGUACACGGGGACCUUUGUGAACUUUGUGGCAAGUACGCUCUGCAUCCCUCUAAUCACGAGCAGCAACGAAAGCAUAACGCCGAAUGCAUCAAGCAACACGAGCUUGACAUGGAACAUUCAUUCGCGGUGCAGCGUUCGCGCGACAAAACUUGCGGUAUAUGCCUCGAAGUGAUCUUUGAGAAACCAGUUCGCGAGCAGCGAUUUGGUAUCCUUCCGAACUGCAACCACAUCUUUUGUCUCGCGUGUAUUCGUACCUGGCGCAAGGCAUCAAACUUCGAAAACAAAAUCAAACGCGCCUGUCCAACGUGUCGUACAUCUUCGGACUUCGUGUGCCCUAGCAUCGUAUGGGUUGAGGCGGGUGACGAAAAAGAUCGGCUUAUCGGUGAUUACAAAAAGGCUUGCAAAGGGACCGACUGUAAGCACUUCCGCAUGGGCUUGGCGAAAUGUCCUUUCGGAAACCGCUGUUUCUAUCGCCACGCUUUACCGGAUGGAAAUCUGGUUGACGUAGGGGCACCUUCUCGCCAACACGAUCGCAGCAGUGGCCAAAGACGUCGCCGGACCCAUCACUUGGAGCUCCAGGAUUUUUUUGCGCAAAUACUCCAACAGCGCGGCAUGUUACUGGACGAAUUCGUAACCUAUCUGCUUUCAGAUGAAGAAGGUUCGGAUGUGUCCGAUCUGUUUGAAUUCGAGGUUUAGUGUGGUUUACGUCAAAGAUUCAAGCCAGUUAUAUCGCAAACAGAAUCGUACAUCGUCAACCAAGUUGAAGUAAAUUGAAGGCAAAGUGACAGUAAGAGAGAAGCGAAAACAAAUGGUAGAGAUAGAUUUAUUGCAUAAGUGGAUCAUCUAAGGAUGGGCCAUGUUUUGAAAAUUGUCAAUGAACUUCGGCCAAGAUGUAUGUAUGUGGCCGCCAAACUGAGAGCAGAACGAUUGAAUACUAUGAAUUGGGUGUGCUGUGGUAGCAUAGCCAAAUGCGAUGUUUAGUUUUAGGCAGAAACGCAAAUAAUUUGAUGAUUUGCCCAGCGACCAGAUUAUAGUCUCUGCUUGCACUAGGUCUUUCCAAAAGCAGGAUUGCGUUUCUUCAUAAAUCAAAGCAUCACAUUCGUGGAUGCGUCCUGUCGCAGGAUGCCCAAUUUUUGUACCAUUUUGCUGAUAGUGUGGUUAUCCCUUCAUUAGAAAAGCAAGUAUAUCGCUCAAGGACGAUCAUAAUUUAAGAAGGCUUGUGUAAGGGCAAUGCUACCAAACUCACUCUUCUUUCCACUCUCUCUUUUUGCUUAUUUUGUUGUUGUUUCCUAUUGUCUUGUUUUGUCUCCUACAAUUUUUCUGGCGGCCAAUUGUACUGUGUUACCUCAUGUUCACGUUAUAAUUGUACACAUUUGGUAACAACAUAGUCUCAUUCCUAAGCCAGGCCUCAACUGAACAAGCUCACCAUAAAGCGGUACAAGGACGUUCAAUUAAGAAUGGUCAUUUAGUGCGCAUUCCGUGGUGAGCAUGCGAUAAUUUCGCUAUUCAGCAAGCAUAUCAUAUUUUGAAUGCUUUAUUGAUACUCUUAUUAUAUUCUGCUUAUAGCAUAUCUCUACUUAUUAAAUGUAGUCCAGUCUAUUUUUUGUUUCGCAUAAUCAUUAAUAUAGUUAAUUCAGUUUCCUCGUAGUUCUGUUUCAUGGCUAUUGCGGGGAUAUUUUAAUGAAGGGUUGGAGCUAUGUGGCACUUUGGGCAGGAGGAGCACGCCAUUUGAAAAAUUCGAAAUAACAUAAUCUUCUGGCAAAUCUUCGCGCAAUGAUUCUCCAAGAAAGAAAAACAAGACACCCUGAAUGCUUUGUUGACCGCUAUACUACAUUAUGUUCAAAGAAUUUUACAAAUUUACGAACAAAAACAGACAUAGCAGUGAAAACAUGGUUAAGCCUACAUCCAGCAUACUAAUCGGACAACUUUGGGUAGGAUGAGAACGGAAGCACGAAAAACUAUUUUUGUUUUUCUUGUAAAGUCUGAUUGGACAGAAGGGUGAAGCAAACGCGCAAUGCUUGCCGAAUCGAACUUCCGUUUAUCCUUAUUAAUUCUCCAAUCACAAAAACAGAAGGUUCCUCCUUGCCCACCUACACCACGUUUUUCGCAGUGUGGCAGUGAAGUUGUACAUAUUGUUAAUUUCAUGUUGGCAGAAUGAAACGAAAACAAAUACAAACAACACACUCAUGCGCAUACCGAAUAUGAUCAAAUAUAUCUCACGUUGAUGAAUGCUCGCAGUUGGGAAAACAUAAACAGAUUUGCUUAUAUGAGACAGUUCUAGAAAGAGUUAAAGAAAUGCAUACAAUAUGAAAAAGAAAAACAUCGACAACAUCGCGAAAUAUUAAUUUCAAUAUGUGUGUGUAUGAAAUCAGCCGAAAAAUGGAAAAAUAGAAAACGAGCACGGAUUUGCCUACUAUUAGCCCUUGAAGAGUUUAUUAGUUGACAAUAUAAAAUUUAAAAAAUGGACGAACACACCUUAAGCCUCACUUGAAUUGGAUUUUCCUUGACGUAUUUGAAAAUAGGUAGGAAAAACGCCUAAAGCUGCCGACUCAAGAACUGCCGUUGAUUGUUGUUGACCGUUUUAGAGUCGCAAGUAAUAGUUUACAUUAUAUGUCGUUAGUAAACCUUUCACAUCUUAUUGGAAAUAUUUCAAAGUAUAAGAAGUCGCCUUGAAUCAUACAGUGGCUGGCAUAUGGAUCCAACACUGGUAAAAGAACCAAUUUAUUACUCUAAUCUUUUUGAUUCCUCCUUCCUUCCUUCUUAUUUUCGUCAUGUUUCGUUUAGUUUAGGUUUUGGAAGUGCGAAGCACCUAGCACAUCCGAUAAAAAGAUGCCUUAACUUCCGCUCCACAUUGCGUUGUAGUAAACUCGUGUGUGUCUUUCUGUAUAUACCAGGCUACCUAUUAGAUAAACCUCCUACUUCAUUAUUAUCGAGAUGUUGAUUAAUUAACCUAAAGAGAAAAGGUAACUCAUGGAGUAAAACGAAAUAGAUGGGAAACUACUGGGCACAGCUUUCAGAACAUAGUAUUGCAUCGUCAAUCAGAUAGGUUUCCUUCGAUUCCACAUUUGUUAAGAUAUACAUAAUCAUAAGCGUGUCUCAAUAGCUAAGUAUGCCUAUUUACACAUAGGGAAUAGUUGAAAGGAAUAAAAUUUGAAAUUAUCGUAUGCAAAAUACGAAGUAACAUACAAAGAAUGUUACUUCGGCGGCACCAGUUACAAACGUAUGAGCAACCAAAUUUUAAGGGUAUCAAAAACUAGCACUUGUCUUUCAAACGAUGUAAAAAUAUUUUGAAUUCAAAUUUAAGAUAACUGCGUCAGUCAGGAAAUACGCACAAUAUGAUGGGAAAUAUGGUGAAUCUGAGUCGAUACCGGUUUCUCUUUUCUAACGUCUGUUAAUUUUCUAAUGAAAUCUUUAGUGCUUCGCAAUUCUUUUAUACCAAACCCAUUGUUUAAUGAUAAAAAGACGGAUGGUUUUUAAGACGAAGGAAAAACUAAAGAUGGCGAAAGGGAUAACGUGCUACUCUACAUGCUAUGCAUGUUAAAUACCAACUGACUGGCUUGAAAGGCAAUUGCUGCAAGUAACGUGAAAAUUUAUAAAGAAAUAAUUAUGAAUUUUAUACUGAAUUUAGAAUUGAAUUUGAGUUUGAAAUUUCAUACUUUAGAAAAUAAUUAGACUUGAACAAGUUCAGCAUAUUAUUUCACAAGUAUGUUUUUCAAAAGAUAGCAUCAAUGAAUCAUACUAACAGUAACUGACAACUGUUUCAAGACCUCAAGGUCUUCGCACCGACGAUGUUUAUUUGAAAACUUUAUAUUGCUUUAUUACAUAUGUUACAUCGAACAGAUAUUGCUUCAUCAAAAUGUUACAUUCAUUAGGCUAAUUUCAUGGAGUCACAAAUAUCCAAAUCCAACGAAUGGUAAAAACCUAUUAUACUUUUACGGUUAACGUUCUGGGUCAAAGUAUUGCCCAUUUCAAUCCUUUUUCGAGGUUUGUCCAGGAUUGCGUAUUGUCUUCAAUUGCUAAGACAGGGCACUUUGGAAUCGCUAAUAAUAGAGCAAUUAAUAAUUUUACACUGUGUUUGAAGAAUGUUUCCCAAUCACCAUAAACUUCAAGGCGUUUAAAACCCGGUUGUAAUUUUCUUAUCGUCUGUAGCGAACACCAUAUAACCACGCAAGAAAAAGCUUCUCAGAAGAACACAUUUCUAGCAGAUGAAAAGGAAAUAGUUUGUGAAAAUGGAACACAUUUGUAGAUGAUUGAUAUUGAGAAGAGAAAGCACUAUAGAAAUAGUAUAAAUAAACAUAACAUCCUCAGCAGGUGGUAUAGCCAACAUCACCAAACCUUUACGUAAUUCGAUAGAGUUUCGUUUAUUUAGGUAUGA